AUGGCACCGAUCAACUACGCAGCAGCCUCCAAGGCCAAAUUGGCCCGGAAGUGUGAAGAGCCCCGACUCUUCUACAAGCCUCUGAAAAGAACCCCUCUCCACACACUAGCGGUCAAUGCUACCAGCAACAGGAUCGAGAAGACGUACGAUUUGGUGCAGCCGACAUUCAAGUCCUACAACACGACACUGCCCAUCAAAGUAGGUUGCAGCACCUACAACUACAAGAAGAGCGUACCAGCUCCAAAGGGGCUUAUUUCAUUUCGAGAAGUCGACAAGGCCGCCGUCAACAAGCCCCUGCUGGACUUGAUUGAGAAGGCCAAAGCUGAGAAGAAGAAAGACGAGGAAAGAUUGAGGCGGGAGGUCGACGACCUCUUUGGGCUGGACAGCGAAGACGCUCUUCUCGUGAUCAACGAGCCCGAGGAAGACAUGGAGGAUAAUAACGACGGCAAGCUCGAGAUCACCGACCUCUCCUGCACUCGAUACGAGGUUGUGAGGAGGAUGGUGGAGUGGAGCGACGGCAACAGCACGGCCUUGCCCCCUGCUCUUGGACAGUUGGUCGGCAUCCACUUCGACGGACGCCCGCACUCGUUGACUCUCAACGUCGGUCAAGGCCUCUACUCUCUCUUCGACGAAGUCUGA